CAGAAAUGGCCGAUGAACUGUUUGGUAAACUCAUUCCCGUGGUCUGGAAAUCGCCUGGCACGGAGGAUAGGAAGGUGAAAGUCUUUCUAAAAAUGGAUCUCCAAACUGUUGCAACAUCUCCGCUCAGCCAGGAGCUUGUUGUACGCCUAACAGUUGACCAGGAUCCGUCAUACCUGUACAUCCUCAGACUGAACAAGGAGGAUUUCCAAAGCUUCAAGACACAACAGGGAUUGCGGGAGGAUUUGGAUUUUAGAUCAUUCCCACAGAAAUUUAUUGACCUGUUAAACAAGUGUAUCCUAGAAGAACACAGCAAAGUACCAAAGUUCAGUUUACACCUGGUGUCAGAGAGUUCAGCGACUGGAGAAACAACAGCAGCCACUCUAAACGUGAUAGAAACAAAUCUCAAACGUUUCACCCACCUGUCUCCCCAUUUUCUACCAGGGAAAGAUGCGGAUAUCAAGAAAUACCUGGCCGAUUGUCUGAAACAAAUUCAGGAUUUAAAAGAUGGGAAGCACCAAUCUGAGGCAAACAAGUCUAAGUUGGGAUCCCUGAAGGAGGAGCAUCAGCGAGCCAAGCAGGAGAUCCAGACGCAGCUCUCUGCGGGGACUGCCACGAGCAGGAGGCAGAUCAAGGAGGAACAAGAGGAGAUGAAGGAGGAACAAGAGGAGAUCAGUGAGGAACAAGAGGAGAUCAAGGAGGAACAAGAGGAGAUCAAGGAGGAACAAGAGGAGAUCAGGGAGGAAAAAGAGGCCAAAGACAAGGACCAGGUCAUUGCAAGGUCAUCUGACUUGCAGAGCUCAGAGCAAUGUCAAAAGGCCGCAACUCGGAACGAACGCUUAGAUGAAGCAGACACUGCCUCUGUAGCGAAGUCAGAAGCCUCAUCAGAGAUGGCAGUGGAGGCAGGGGAAGAAAGUGAAACCAUAUACGACUUGACAGGCAAAGAACUCUGUGAAGAGGAACUUUCGAUCCUGAGACUUGGCCUUAAUCACAGCCUUGCAUCCAGACCUAAAGUAACUGACAUUUUUGCGGAAGGUGAAGCUCUGUGGAAACAGCUUGAGGAGAAGAAAGUCUUACCUAGAAGCACCAUCCAUCGGGCCAAAAUUAGGGAAGCAAUCCAGACCCUGGCCUUGAACUUUGUUAUUUAUGCUACACACCCCUGCAGUGACUAUGGAAAGAUUAAUGUUCUACGAAAUCUAAAGCGCAAGUAUGUCGUGCUUAAAGCAGAUGAAGGAAAUGGAAUUGUCGUCAUCAAAAAGAUGGAUUAUGACAAGAAAAUGGAAGAACUCUUCAGCGACACCAGUAAGUUUCAGAUGUUGAAAAGUGAUCCAACCUUGAAAAAUCUUGAACAUGUACAGCAUGACCUAAAAGCUCUUCGUAAGAAAGAAGAAAUCUCUGAAGUCGAAUAUAUGUUAAUGUACCCUAAACGUGCAAAACCUGCUCGUGCCAUAGGUCUCCCAAAAAUACACAAGGACCUUACUGACCUACCUGAGUUUAGACCUGUCAUUGAUACUAUAGGUUCACCACGACACAAGGUGAGCAAGUUUCUUGCUGACUUAUUAUCACCUCUAACAUAUAAAAAUGGAUAUAAGCUUAAAGAUUCUCUUGACUGUGCAAAACAAAUAAGAAGGUUACCUGAUACUUGGUUUACAAAAGGAUUUGAAUUUGUGUUUGUUAAAGUUGUACAUCUUAUGAAUGUACCUCUUGAAGAAAUUAUUCCUGUUAUACUGACAAAAGUGUACAAAGAAAAACUCAUUAAUACCUCUCUGAAAGAGGAAACCAUGGAAAAAUUAAUUAGAGAUUGUUGUACCAAAACACCUUUUCUGUUUAAUGGUACUACGUACGAACAAACUGAUGGCAUAUGGAUUGGUUCGCCACUAGCACCAGUUAUGACAGACAUAAUUAUGUCCAAAUUAGAAGACAAAAGCCUUCCAAAAUUAUACGAAAAAGACAUUGUUAAAUUUUACCGUCGAUUUGUCGAUGACAUAUUGCUGGUAAUCCAGCCUCUAAAUGUUGAUACUGUUUUGUCUAAGUUUAACGCAUUCCACGAACAGUUUAAGUUCACUUGUGAUGAUGACAAUAACCAUUUUCUUGAUUUGUCUAUUACUGACAUUGGUAUAACAAUUUUCAGAAAUCCAACAGAUACAGGACAAUUUACACAUUUUCUCAGUAAUACCCCUUGGAAUUACAAAAUAUCUUGGGUGAAAGCAUUAAUCCGACGAGCUAAAAAAAUAUGUUCUACUAAAUCUCUGUUUGAUUCAGAGCUAUGUAAAAUAAGAAAGUUUUAUCACAGAAAGGAUUCCCUAAAACUGUUGCUAACAAACUGAUGAAAUAUAAAUAUAUUAAAACUAUAUUAAACACCAAAACAAUCAGAUACCCUGAUUCUGAAAAAGUUUUCAUCAAGCUCCCAUACAUUGGUAAAACUGGUGAACUCUAUGUCCAAACACUGAUGAAUGAAAUAAGCAGACAUGUGAUAUCAGACAUUAAAAUAAUACCAAAGUGGAAAACCAGGAAAGUCUCUGCAAUCCUAAGCGCUAAAGACACAAAAUUCCUAAGGAAUACAAGAGCAAUGUGGUAUACCAGUUUCACUGCCCGGAAUGUGAAAAAUCUUAUAUUGGGGAAACAGAAAGAAACUUAAAAAUACGACUUGAAGGGCAUUCCUUUGAUAAAACAAGUGCAAUAAAUAAGCAUAGGUGUAUAAGAAAAUUAUUGGAUGAAGGAACAGAGCCAAGAGAAUUAGUGCAAUUCCUUUUAAUAAACACACGCAUCAUUGAUGUAACCAGUCACCAACAUGCUCUUAAAUUCAAAGAAACUCUUCGAAUAAAAGAAAAGAACUCUGAACUGAACGAAAGGAAGGGUAUGCUGCAAGUGUUCGAUAAAGUAGUAGGUGAUUUACUCCAUCAUCUCCACUGAUACAGACAUGGAUGGUUACA